CAUCGCCCGCGGCGUGGUCCACAGGCCUAGGACUGACCCCGAACUGCAGGGAGGGUCCUUCCGCACGGACCUACCGCCCCCCCGGGGGACAGACGGACACCCGGCCCAGGCAGGACUCCUGACUCCACAGGGCCACUGGCCACCCCAACCCUCCGCCUCGGAGCCCUUCCUGACCCCGGGCUGUUUAUAGGAACCUCGGCAUCGUCAUGGACCCCGAGUGCUCCCAGCUCCUCCCAGCUCUCUGUGCUGCUCUGGCAGACCCCAGGCGGCCGGUGGUGGAUGACACCUGUUUGGAGAAGCUGCUAGAUUGGUUUAAAACCGUCACUGAAGCAGGGUCCAGUCUGCUGCUGUUGCAGGACAGCCCGUGCCUGGUGGAGCUGCUGUUCCAGGUGCUGAAACCCCAGGACCUGAGCCCCGGAGUCCUCUCCUUCUCUCUCCGCCUGGCGGGCACGCUGGCGGCGCAGGAAGACUGCUUCCAGUACCUUCAGCAGGGGGAGCUGCUGCCCGGGCUCUUUGGGGAGGCGGGCCCCCUCGGUGGGGCGGCCUGGACGGCGCCUACAGUGCGCAGCGGCUGGAUCCGGGGCCUGCGCUCUCUGGCACAGCACCCCAGUGCCCUGCACUUCCUGGCUGACUGCGGUGCCCUGGACACCGUCUUCUCCCUGCAGGGAGACCCCAGCCUGUUCGUGGCCUCGGCGGCCGGGCAGCUCCUGGGGCACGUCCUGGGUCUGUCUAUGCGAGACCAAGCCGAGGGGCACCGCAGCCCACAGGCUUGCGACUGGCCGGCCUGUGCCCAGAGGAUUGUGAGCCACAUUGAAGAGUCCCUGCGCUCUUCUGCCACCCCUCAGGUCACACAGGCCCUGAACGUCCUGACCACCACGUUCGGGUACUGCCACAGCCCUCGAACACACGUCCUCUGGGCGCAGCUGAGUCCCCAUGUGGCCUGUCUGCUGGAGAAAGACCCCGUCCCAGCCGCACACUCGCUGGUGGAUCUCCUCCUCAGUGUGGCCCGCUCUCCUGCGCUGAGCUCCGACUGUGACCUGUGGGAGAUGUUGGCGCAGACUCUGGGCCGUCUGAGCCCCGCACAAGCAGGGCCUUUGGCUCUGGGGGUCCUGAAGCUGCAGGACUGUCCACAGACACUGAGGGGACAGGCCUUCGAUGUCCUCCUCCAGCCCCUGGCCUGUGUCUGGAAAGCGGCUGCUCAGGACCCUGGGUCUCCAGCUGCAGGCUUGCUGGCCGGGCCCGAGGGCGACGCGGCGGUGGUGGACGCGCUCCUGUCCUCCCGGGCCGCCUGCGUGGGUCUCCUGUGCCAGACCCUGGCCCACCUGGAGCUGCUGCAGCCGCUGCCCCAGCGCCCCUCGCCCUGGCCCCAGGCACCCCUGCUGGGGGCCGCGGUGACCGUCCUGCGGUUCUGCAAUGGCUCAGCCAUCCCUGCCUCUGACGUGGGGGGCCGCCUCUGCGCGAUCCUGGCCGGCUGCGUCCGGGUCCAGCGAGCGGCCCUGGACUUCCUGGGGACUCUGUCUGCGGGGACAGGCCCCCCGGAGCUGGUGCCGCAGGUGUUUGCUGUGCUCCUGGACCACCUGGAGAGCCCCGACUCCAGCCCCACGGUUCUGAAGAAAGCCUUCCAGGCCACGCUCAGGUGGCUGCUGAGCUCGCCCAAGCCCCCCGGCGGCUGCGACCUGGACCCCCACACCCAGCUGUUCCUCAGAGAGCUUCUCCCUGUGCUGCAGAAACGCCUGUGCAGCCCCUGCUGGGAGGUGCGGGACUCGGGCCUCGAGUUCCUGGCCCAGGUGGCCAGGCGCUGGGCAGGACAGGCCGGCUUCAGACGUGCGCUGCUGGCCUCCGAGGUGCCCGAGCUCACGGAGCAGCUCCUGCGGGACCCUGAGAGUUACGUGCGAGCCAGCGCGGUGACCGCCGUGGGGCAGCUCUCCAGCUGGGGGCUGCACGCCACCCCCGCCGGCCCUGGGCUCCCGGAAGGCCCGCAGAAAAGCCUGCUCCUGGACCUUCUGCACGUCCUCUCCACGGACUCGGAGGGUUUCCCCCGGAGGGCCGUCAUGCAGGUCUUCACCGAGUGGCUGAGGGACGGCCAUGCAGAAGUGGCCGAGGACACGGAGCGCUUUGUGGCGAGGGUGCUCCAGGUGGCGAGCCGGGACCUGGACUGGGAGGUCCGGGCCCAGGGCCUCGAGCUGGCGCUGGUGUUCCUGGCUCAGACCCUGGGCCAGCCCGGCUCCCACUGCCCCUACGCUGUGGCCCCCGCGGAGGAGAUCCCCCCUGGCCGGCUGGCCCAGGCCCUGCGGGCGUUCUGCCGAGUGCAGCUCUUCGAGUUCGCCUUUCGAGCCUUGUUUGACUGUGACCGACCCGUGGCCCAGAAGUCCUGUGACCUCCUCCUCUUCCUGCGGGACAAGGCCGCUCCCUAUGACAGCUCGCAGGAGGCAGGGGGCAGCCCCGACGUGGCCUCCGUGGAGGCCGCCCUGCAGAGGUGGCGGGCAGGUGAGCAGGGCCAGCCCCUGGGGCCCCUGGAGCCUGAGGCCGCGGUGGCCGUGCUGAGGUCCUUGGACCUGGAGGGCCUCCGGGGGACACUGGCUGAGAGUAGCGACCACAUGGAGAAGAGCCCCCGGUCGCUUCUGCAGGACGUGCUGGCCACUGUGAGCGUCCUGGGGGACAACGAGGCUGACUGCUACUGAGGCGGCCCGGCAGCCCCCGCCCGCCGCUGGGCUGCUCCCUUCGCGGUCCCGGGCCUGGCUGCUCAAGGGACCCUCGGGAGCCGGGGCCGGGCAGACCA